GUCCGUGCCAUCAUUGAAGGUCAAAUGUUGUCGAUGCGAGGCCAUGCAGAGAGAUUUGGCAUGCCGAACCCUCCCAAGCGGAUCAUAGCAACCGGUGGGGCAUCCUCCAAUGAGAGCAUCCUCAGGGCACUUGCACAAAUCUUUGGCUGCCCUGUCUUCACUGUUCAGAGACCUGAUUCGGCCUCACUGGGUGCAGCACUGAGAGCCGCCCACGGGUGGCUGUGCAACGCUGGAGGAAGCUUCGUUCCCAUCUCGUGCUUGUACGAGGGCAACCUGGAGAAGACCUCCCUUGGCUCGAAGCUUGCAGCCGGCUGGAGACAAGGAGGAGGACAGAGCUCGGAUCCUUGCGUGUUCUGCAUCACAACCCAACCUGAACUCCCGCGGAUAAAUUGACAAAUAAGGCUAUCUGAAAGCACCAAUUAAAUGUCGAAAUGUAUAUUGCACUCGGGGCAUUGAUACAGCAAAUGACAAAUGAAAGCGCUGCCAGAUGUUUAGUUUCUCAUCACCAGCAAGGAUGGAUCACACAACGUGCAAGAAGAUAUGCAUGAGCUUGUUGCUCCUACUAGACCUGUUGUUAUUGCUUACUCGCAGCUGGUUGUUAGGAAUUUCUAUAAACUUGUCCAGAUUUCCUUUUCACAUACAUGCCUUCAUUCCUUUUAAAUUGCUUCAGGCACAUUUGAUUUUGUAAGUUUAUGGCACGGUUUUUUGAAAUUAUCUGUGCGUUAUAGGAAAUGUUGUUUUCUAGCAGCUGUCAACCUCUAGGUGAUUUUAAUACAUAAGGAUAGUUAGUACUCAAAAUAGUCUGGAAACCACUUAGAGAGUGAUUACAUUUAGAGAGGCAAGUCGUAUUUGGCGAUUGUGGUGCCAUGUGUGUUUUUUUAAGCCCUCAGAUUUAUAUUGUGGACCUGCAGUUGAACAAGUUUGCAUGUAAUUUCUGGGCCAAAUCUUGAGGAGAUUGUACCUAUUUGUUAAGGAUGUAUAACCAUUCCAGCUUGGUAACCGGCAUGGCCACAUUGUCAAUUGCAAAUUUGCUAUAACGAUUCUCUCAUUUGUUGUAGUAUCCAUUCAUCUCAAACCUAUCUAAGUAAUAGAGAAGUAGGUGGAGAUAGGAGGAAUUUUCCUGUCAACUUGGUUGUAUAUGUUGUGAUAUUUUUGCCUCUUCCUCAUGAAUUAUUUAUGCUUAUAUCCUCCCUGUGCUUUGAAACUGUUCUAGAGCUUCAGCAUCUGAGGAACUGCUUGCCUGAUCAAGUGGUGGUACAGCGUAUUGAUGAGAGGUUAUCAGCCCUUGGCAAUUGCAUAGCCUGCAAUGACCAUGUUGCUCUUACACACCCUGACCUUGACAAGGAGACGGAGGAGUUUAUUGCAGAUGUGCUUGGAGUUGAGGUAUUCAGGCAGACCAUUGCUGGAAAUAUCCUUGUGGGGAGCUACUGUGCGUUCUCUAACAGGGGUGGCUUGGUUCAUCCUCACACAUCCAUUGAAGACCUUGAUGAGCUCUCCACUCUCCUGCAAGUCCUGCUCGUCGCUGGAACCGUGAACAGAGGCAGCGAGGUCAUUGCUGCAGGCAUGACUGUGAACGACUGGACUGCCUUCUGUGGCUCAGACACGACAGCCACCGAGCUCUCGGUCAUCGAGAGUGUCUUCAAGCUGAGAGAAGGGCAGCCCACCGCGAUCGUCGAUGACAUGAGGAAGUCUCUGAUCGACAGUUAUGUGUAGCUGAGGCCCUGCAGACGUGGGUCUCAAGUACUACCUGUGCCAAGGUGCACCGCGAGCUAUACUAGUGUUAUCAGUAGUAAAAC